GUUGUGUCAGUGAUCAGUAGCGCCGCCAAGGACCAUGUCGAUGCUGCCCACCUUUGGCUUCACUCAGGAGCAAGUGGCCUGCGUGUGCGAGGUGCUCCAGCAAGGGGGGAACAUAGAGCGCCUGGGGCGCUUCCUCUGGUCCCUGCCAGCCUGCGAGCACCUCCAUAAGAACGAGAGCGUGCUGAAGGCCAAGGCGGUGGUGGCUUUCCACCGGGGCAAUUUCCGGGAGCUGUACAAGAUCCUAGAGAGCCACCAGUUCUCCCCGCACAACCACCCCAAGCUGCAGCAGCUGUGGCUCAAGGCGCACUACAUCGAGGCGGAGAAGCUGCGGGGGCGCCCCCUGGGGGCGGUGGGCAAGUACAGGGUGCGCAGAAAGUUUCCCCUGCCCCGCUCCAUCUGGGACGGGGAAGAGACCAGCUAUUGCUUCAAGGAGAAGAGCAGGAGCGUGCUAAGGGAAUGGUAUGCCCACAACCCCUACCCGUCACCCAGGGAAAAGAGGGAGCUGGCAGAGGCCACUGGACUCACCACCACCCAGGUCAGCAACUGGUUCAAAAACAGGAGGCAGAGGGACCGGGCGGCCGAGGCCAAGGAAAGGUACGAGGAGAAUAACGAAAACUCCAAUUCCAACAGUCACAACCCGUUAUCGUCUUCUAUGAACGGUGGGAAAACGCUCCUGGGAAGUUCAGACGACGACAAAACGCCCUCCGGCACCCCCGACCACAACUCAUCGAGUCCAGCCUUACUGCUGAGUUCCAACCCGGGGCUCCAGGCUCUCCAUGGCAUGGGCCACCCGCAGGGCCCCAGCGCCAUCCCUGUGCCAGGAGCGGAUUCUAUGCACCACCACACUUUGCAAGACUCAAUCCUCAACCCAAUGUCGUCCAACCUGGUGGAUCUGGGCUCUUAAGACUGGAUAAAGUCCAACCAGGACUAGGGGGAGAGGUGACUUCACC